UAUCAAGCUCCUCAAGUCCAAUGUUGUUGGAGCUGCACCCAUCCAGCUCCAUGAAUGAAGUUGUACACACAUCACCUACAAUAGGCAGCAACGUAGAAGAGAUAGUAGUGAAUAGCACACACUUCCUGAUGUGGGAUAUCGGAGGUCAGGAGUCAUUGCGUUCAUCAUGGAACACCUAUUAUACUAAUACAGAGUUUGUAAUCGUGGUUGUAGACAGUAUGGACAGGGAGAGGAUAGCUAUAACCAGAGAUGAGCUUUACAAAAUGUUGGCGCACGAGGAUUUGAAGAAAGCAGGACUGCUGAUCUUUGCCAACAAACAAGAUGUUAAAGAAUGUAUGAGUGUAGCUGAAAUUUCUCAAUACCUUAAACUGACCUCAAUUAAGGACCAUCAGUGGCAUAUUCAAGCUUGUUGUGCUCUAACAGGAGAAGGGUUAUGUCAGGGAUUAGAAUGGAUGACAUCAAGACUUAAAGUCAGAUGACCUCCAUGGAUGAGGAUGCAUGGACCAUUAAUAACUAAACUGUAUAUCUCUUCCAGCGCUAACAGCUCCAUGCUUGCUGGAUUUAUUGGUAUUUAUUUUUCAGACUGAAUAAAGUUUAUUACUUUCACACUUGCUUCAAGUACAAGUUUGGAAAGACUUUCCUUAAGGAUCAAGAUUGAGUUCAAGACUCCGAAUUCAAUUGAUCGUUUGUAGCUUUUCUUUUAAAGAUGGCUGUGAUUAAUUGACACUUUUUUUUGGAAACCAGCACAUUCUGCUCAGGGUAGAGUUUUAUAGUAUUUGGUAAGUACUUGGAGGGGGGAGGAAGUACAUUUGUAUUCCAGCAUCAUAUUAAUUGCCAUUUACUUUAUUAAAUAAAAGAAGCUAUGAUCUCAAUGGAACACUGUUAUAAUGUUCACAGCUGGAAUCACCAGGUUCUGGCUGAGCUACCUGUUGCUGUUUUGAUCUGGUUAUGAAUGAUAUUGCUGUGCUCUGAUGAAACUCAAAUAUUAUAGCCUUUUUUUUUGUUUGAGUGAACAACAAGCAGAAUGUUUUAUAUAAAUUUUCACUAAUCUACGUAGGAAUGCUUUGGAAAGGAGUUGCAUGAUGUAAGAAAGAUUGAUACUAAAGCCACUAAAAAUAUUAUCAAUGUUUAACUGGGAAGUGGGUGUACAAGUAAUUAUAUUUAAAGUCCUCUUCUUGAUUAUUUACCUAAACACUACUCCACUUAAAUUAUAUUGAGUGCAAUCAUCAUGGAGAAUUUGGCAAAUUUUUAAUAUAAUUGCAUACCUUCAUACUGAAUAUGACAGUUUAGCACAAUGAAACAUUGAUCCUGCAAAAUUUGAAGAUACACUUUGGACUUGCUGAUCUUGGUCUGCUGUACUUUAAAGAGAAGAUGUGCUUUUAGAUUUUGAAUUCAAAUUUUUCUUUUAGUCAAAUAGGAUUUGAAACUGUUUUGAAGAUCUGGACAAUAUCAAGACUGUCAAAGGUGGGAUGAAAGUUAGCGUAAUGUUUUAACAUGCCUUCUGACAGCAAUUCCCAGCAAAAGUUACGAUACUGUAAUUUAAAAACACUUUACAAUUUUGAUUGGGAGUUGGUAUAGAGAAUAUCCCUAGGGUCCUAAUUACAAUCUGAUACAAGGUCAUCUUUUUAAAAAUUGUUAUCAAACUAGUACAUAGCAAAUGUGUGUGAAAUCAAGACUUGAAAUUCACUGUUUUUAGGACUUAUGGACAAUAUAAUUUUGCACAGAAGCUUGUUUCAGGGCUUUAAAUUGUGUCGAAGGCUGAGAUGCUGAAUUAUUUGUAAUACUGAAAGAUGUCGUUCAGAAAGUGGGAAGAUCAAUCCCAAUUGCCUGAACCUAGAAUGUUGGUAUUAUGUUUUGGCCCAGGGUAGGGGGAUGUUAUUAUGUUACAUCAUUAUUGAAUAGGAAAUCUUGUAUUAAACUCCAAAUGGGAACGUUAUUUCUGAUGUGUACAUAUAUUUGAAUGUGGUGGCUCUCCUUACUGACACAGGCAGAUCUAUUUUUCUGAUCUGUAGCUAGCAUCCAAGUUGCAAUGUUGUAUAUUUACUACAUUAUUAAAAAAAAAACUUGUGCAAAUCUUCAAAUUUCAGCACGCGAAGGAACUGAUAAUGGGAGAAGUACCAAACUUAUUUUAAAGCAAAUGCUUGUAUUAAAGGCUUAUUUAUUCUUCUGUCAGGUGUUCAAUGCACAUUUCAUUAGAUGAAAAAUGUUCUAGAUUGGUAAGAAGACAUUAAAUGUAAAAUGAUUAGCCUUUCUUUGGUACCAGUACAUUACUGAUAAUGGUUUAUGGAAUAACUAUUCCAAUUCAAUUUUGCACAGGGUGAGAUUGAUUUUUAAUUUUUUUCUACAACAUGAUUUGUGAAACCAGUGAUGUAUAUUGUGAAUCUGACUUCGUGAAAACAAUAUAUAUGAUGAGUAAAAUUGGAUUUCACCAACCCCAAUGUGCUAUAAUUUGUUUUGCGGUACAGGCAAAAAAUAGUGUACCAAUGACAUUUAUUCAUGUUGCACAACGAUUAUAUAUUUGUAGAAACGCAAACUAAUAUUAUAAAUUUUGACAUCUGCAUUCUGGUAUCAAUUUGAAUUAAUUGAAUUUUCAAAAAUAAUUGCUGCAUUGUAGCUUGAUUUUCAUUUUUCUUGAAAGGCAGGCAACACAAUAUAAUAUUCAGUUAGCAUUAUUAUAUUCAUUCUGAAUUUUGGAGUCAGUCUGGCCUGUUAGUCAAACUGGAUUUAGGCAGCAGGUUCUCUUUCCUAAGGGAUCACUGAACCAGUUAUGAUGAUCCAGCAGCUUCAUAGUUGAGAACCUUGCAGGGACCUACAAUUCAAUAUUGAUACCUUGGUACAAAUUUGCAAGCCUCAAUGUGAUUUUGCACUGGGAUGUGGCUUUGUGCAUGGGAAGUUGUGCCUCGCUGACUUGACUGAGUUUUUUUUUGAGGUGACAAAGGAGAUUGAAGGCAGAGUGGUAGAUGUUGUCUCUAUGCACUUCAGUAAAGCAUUUGGCAACAUUCUGCCCAGUAGACUGGAUAGUAAGGCUAGAUCACAUGGAAUCCAGGGGGAGGUAGCCAAUUGGAUACAAUUUGGCUUGAAGGUAGGAGACAGAGGGGGGAUAUUUUUCAGACUAGAGGGCUGUGACCAGUGGUGUGUCAAGGAUCAGUGCUGGGUCCACUGCUUUUUCAUUAUUUACAUAAAUGAUUUGAUGUGAAUAUUGGAGAUAUGUUUAUAAGUUUGCAGAUCACACCAAAAUUGGUUGUCUAGUGGACAGUGAAGAAGAUUAUCUCAGAGUAAAUGGGACAUUGAUCAGAUGGGCCAAUGGGCCAGGAGUGACAAAUGGAAUUUAAUUUAGAUAAAUGUGAGGUGUUGCAGUUUGGUAAGGCAAACCUGGCCAGGGCUUAUACACUUAGUGGUAGGGUCGUGGGGAGUGUUGCCAAACAAAGAGAUCUUAGAGUGUAGGUGCAUAAUUCCUUGAAAGUGUAGUCACACUUGGACAGGGUGGUGAAGAUGGUGUUUGGCAUGCUACCUUCAUUGUUCAUAACAUUGAGUAUAAGAGUUGGGAUGUCGUGUUGCAACUAUACAGGACAUUAGUGUGGCCAUUUUUGGAAUACUGCAUACAAUUCUGGUUGCCCAUCUAUAGGAAGGAUGUUGUUAAUCUUGAGAAGGUGCAGAAAAGGCUUACAAGGAUGGCGCUGGGACUUGGAGGGUUUGAGUCAUAAGGAGAGGCUGAAUAGGCUGGGGCUUUUUUUCCCCCUGGAGUGUCAGAAGCUGAGGGGUGACCUUAUAGAGGUUUCUAAAAUCUUGAGGGGCAUGGAUAGGGUGAGUAGCCAAGUUUUAUUUUCCUUAGGGAUGGGCGGAGGAGGAAGAGUUCAAAAGUUGAAGGUGAGAGGGGAAGAUUUAGAAAGGACCUGAGGGGCAACUUUUUCACGCAGAGAGUGGUGCAUGUAUGGAAUGAGCUACCAGAGGAAGUGGUGGAGGCAGGUACAAUUGUAACAUUUAAAAGGCACCUCGAUCAGUAUAUAAAUACGAAGGGUUCAGAGGGAUAUGGGCCAAAUGCUGGAAAAUGGGACUUGGCCAGAUUGGGUUGUCUGUUUGGCGUGGAUGAGUUGGAUUAAUGGGUCUGUUUCUGUGCUGUAUGACUCUAACUUCCAUCACAUUUUAAUUCCAUAAAAUGCUUGAUUCAUACUUAAAUUGCAGACAUGACAGUUCAGUUGAUCAAAAAACUGAAUCAAAGUACUAACCAACCGAUGUUGUGUGCUGUCAAGGUUUCCGCCUACUGUCACCAUUCUUUCAUGGGAUGAGUGUCCCUCAGCAUAUCCUUUGAUCUUACUCUUCUGCACGUACCCCAGGAUUCAUAACUAAUUACAUAAGCUAUACAAUGUAAAAACAAGCCAUUCGUUCCACUUAGUCUAUGCUGGCAUUUCUUGUCCCCAUUGAACCACCUCCUUGCUUUCCACAUCCAAGCGUAUCAACACAAGUCUCACUCACUUCUCCUUUGUAUAGUUUCUAGCAUCCCUAUAUCUAUACCAUUCAGCCAUUCCCUGUGCUCUACUGUUUUACAUCAUCUCCAUUCUCCAGAUGAAAAAGUUGUUCAUUCUCUGACAACUGAAGACCAUGGAAAAAGUGUAAUCUACAGUCCUGAUGUUGCCACAGUUUUUAAAAGUUUAAAAUUAUUAUUUUCUGAUCGUGGAUUAAGAUAUACUAAGAGUAUGAAUUUCAAAUGGCUUAAACAAUCGCAAUCUUCUAAUUAGUGUGUUAUUAAUUAAGUCACUUUUUAAAAAUAUAAACUUGUUCACUUAUACUUCAAAGUUACUGUCUUGAGAGAUUUUUCAACAAAUUGAAUACUGUACCUCAAGGCUAGUUGUAUUUCAGUCAAUUUUUAUGCUAAAUUAUUAAUUUAACUAGAUUGGAAAAACUCCAUAUCUAAAAUUAUAAAAUCCCAUUGUAUUCUAUGAACUAGUUACUAUCAAAGCCCUUGAGUUUAUCUUGCUUUGCUGGUACCAUAUUAUCUAGUUGGUAGACUAGUGAUUUAUGUUAGGUCUAUGUUAAGUGUGUAUGUUAGCUAGAUUUUAAUUAAGUAAUACUGCAUUAUUGACUUGCUUUUGGUACCAUUUUGCUCAAAGUCAUUAAAGUUUUAUUCAGUUCAGAAAAACAUAUUAGUUUAAAACAUAAUAAGUCUGGAAUCAUCAUUUCAGUAUACAAUAUUUUGGUAUUGAAUGAAAAAAAUCAAACUGUAAUUUCCCAUUUUAAUGUCACCUAAUGGAAAGUAUUUGGAUUACAUUUACACUUUAUCACGCUGUUGCUCAAGCUUGCUUUAUUUCAAAACAUAGAAACUACAAAGAGAAGAUUUGCAAAUAACAAAUUUUGGGGGCAUGGUUGGUUUAUGUAUUGGUUGAGGUAGAAAUUUUUAUUGGAAUUUCUUGCAUUUUGCCACUGAAUCACUGGAUAUGAUCUUGAGAUUCAACUGGCCUCAACCCUAAGCAAUGCAGCUGUUUUACGACAUGUGGGCUCAAUAGAUAUGAAUUAUCUGAACAAUGGAACUUCUGACAAUGUACUACUAAUUGAGUUAAAUAUCCUCAGGUCCUGGUAUCAGUGUUGCCGAGUGGCAUUUAGAAUGAAAAUGUCUGUCGAAAAUUGUGAGUGUAGAAUAGACUAAUAUCAUCUGAUUUUUGAGUCUCUGUAUAAUUGUCAAAACAGAACCUUUUUUCAGGCUGAAACGUAGCUGGCAUUUCAAGAACGCAGCCAAUUUUAUUGUAAACUUAUCUGAAUGGACAAAUAACCUUGGUAGCCAUAUUGACAGUUUGAAAGAUGUAAAGUAAUGGUAAAGUUGCCAUAUUUUUACUAUUGGGCUGCUUUCUCAUUAGAGAGAGAUGACUAGUGGUGGUUCAACCUGAGAGUUGCCACACCUCGGGGGAGACGUUGAGAAGGAGAGUCCUUCGCAGUACCUCGGCCAGCGUGGGAAUUGUUCUCACUCUGUGUCACGAGCCAGACCAUCCAGCUAACUGAGCAAACUGACCCCUUGAAAGAUGUAUACAACUAUAUAUAAUUUUUAGGGUUAAUCUAUAAGGUGUUUGGAAUUGGUACACGUUUUUCUUUGCAUCAGGAGCUGAACACCUUGCUUAUUUAAUGCAAAGUUGAAGUUUCAAUUGCAUUGGCAUUUUACUAUUUGCAAUAAACUUACUUUUUUUUAGCUCCUAAGUUGGUGACAUUUACCAAAGCUUGAUGAUUACUGUAUUGAACGUGAACUGAUCAGUUUCGUGAGUUUUGGAAUUUUGAAAAUUCUUUCUUGGGAUUUGAACAUCACAUGCAAGACCAGCGUUUGUAUCCAAUCCUUAAUUGCCUUUGAACUGAAUGGCUUACUAGGUCGCUUCAGAGGGCAGUUAGCAGUCAACCACAUUGCAGUGGAUCUGGAUUUGUAUGUAAACCAGGCCAGGUAAGGGCAGAUUUCCUUAAGAACAUUAGUAAACCAGGAGUGUUUUUCCAAGAACUGAUUGUAGUUUCAUGGCGCCAUUGCCUGAGAGUAGCUUCAUAUUCCAGGUAAUUUUAGUAUUAAAUUUAAAUCCCACUAGGGCAUUAGCCUGGUUUUCUGAAUUAUGCUAUGCCAUUGCUUCCCCCAUUUGGAAUACCAUGAAUAUCAAGCACAUAACUAAUAAGGAAGCAACAAUGUAGAAUUAAAAAACUCAUUAUAGUGAUGAGUUGGACAAAAACAUUUGAAUUAUCAAUCCUGUUGUAUCUUUAGGCCACCCCACCACAUAGAUUCGAAGACUAGAGAAAAUGAAAUAUAAAUUUAACUUACAGCUAGGUUAAGCUGUUCUAAUAGAACUACAGCAGCUCUAUUUAAGACCUGCUCUACCACAUCUUUGCGGCUACAUGUCUAUAGAUUACGAGGAUAAGGACAGUCCAUUGACCUGAAACAUUACCUCAUUUUCUCCCUCCAAAGAUGCUGCCUGACCUGCUGAGUAUUUUCAACAUUUUAUGUUUAUAGUUAACUGGGCAUGAGGCAGAAAGAUUGGAUCAAUUUUCUGCCUAAUGUUUUUAUAAAACCUGCAUUGCAUGUAAUUCUUCGAUUAUCUGAAGAUAUAGUUUUUAUGUUUGUUUGUUUCGUAGGAUCUGUCCAUUGCAUUGCUUAGAGGUCCACAGAAAAGUAUCUUUCAGAUGUUUAAACAAUUUUCUGUAAAUUACAAGAAAUGCUCUCAAAUGUUGUCUAUAUAUAAAUGUAUGUAUUAUCUACAUGUGAGCAUUGCACAUGGUUAAACAUGAUAAUCUUAAUAUCUCAAAGUUUAUUUUUAAAUUGUCUCUCAGUAAAUGUUGCUUCUUUUGUGUAUACAAGUUGUAGCAUUUUAAUAAAACUGAAAAUGCUAUUGUAGUGUAGAUUUCCAUCGUGCAUUGUCUGCAUCAGCUUUGUUUUCUGUUCCUUUUUUUAAAAAAAGUAAAUGCUCCAAAUGUUUCUCCACUUGUGUCCAGUUGGGGUAUUCAAUGCUAUAGUGGUAUUUUUUUGAGUGUGCUUCAGUAAAGACAUCUCUUAUGAGACUUCAACAAAAAUGUAAUUUGAAACUACUUCAUAAUGAGCAUGAAUGAUUCUGUUACUGUUUCUUUGGUUUGACCACUUAAAUGAUGUCUCAUUUCAGAUUGUCAUUUGCAUCCUAUUUUCUUUCUACUAUCUACUGUAACUGUUAAAGCUGUUGCAUGCAAAAUUAAGCUGGACUUCUGGCACAAUUUGCUAUAUAAAAGUCAGAAGUAUGUACUAGCAAGCAAAAAAUUGUGAACUGCAUGUAUUUAACAAUAAAAUGAAUACAAAAUUAAUGCA